AAUAUUUUCAACGGCCGAAAAGGGCUCGACUUGGAGAGGAGGUAGGCCUACAGUCCGGACCACGGGUGCGACCUGUUCAGCAGCAGCAGGAGGAGGAGGAGGAGGUUGACUGACUGUGGCAGGACACCUCUGCCUCUGUUUCACUUCAUGUUGCUGAACCGACUUUGGACAUGUACCGGCCGAUGCUGCUAGCGCUCGCUGUGCUACUCUGUGCCUCCGGCUGGGCGACAGGAGGAAAGAUCCUGGUGUUGCCCGUAGACGGAAGCCACUGGAUCAACAUGAAAGUGCUGCUUGAGGAGCUUCACGGCCGCGGCCAUGAGAUCAUGGUGAUCCGGCACACGGACAACUGGUACAUCAAGCCAGAGUCCAAUUUCUACAAGACCAUCACCUUGAACUUAUCAAGUGGCUUUAAUGAGCAUACGUUUGGCUUGUCUGUGACCAAACUUAUAAAAAUGCGGAGGGAAGGCGCCUCAGUCUGGGCUCGCCUAGCAAUACAGUACGAUGUUAUGAACAUGUUCUACGAGGUGAACAAGAAAGUUGUUCAGAUGUUAGGUAACAUUUUUGAGGACAAGGAGACAAUGAAUAGCCUCCAUGAUGCCAAAUAUGAUGUGGUUCUGACAGACCCUGUCUUUGGCGGAGGGGUUCUCUUGGCUCACCGUUUAGGUCUUCCACUGGUUUUUAACGUUAGGUGGGUCUUUCAGAAUGAGGGACAUCAGAUAAUUGCACCCUCCCCUUUGUCUUACGUCCCUAUUCACGGAGCACAGCUGACAGACAAGAUGACUUUCUUUCAGCGGAUCAAAAACAUGAUGAAUUACUUCUUCGUUUGCUUUAAAGUUUGGUACGUGGCAGACUCCAACUACAAGCCGUUUGUCCAUCGCUACUUCGGUCCAGACGUACACUACAUGGAGCUCUUCCAAGCAGCAGACAUCUGGUUGAUGAGGAACGAUUUCAUUUUUGAAUUCCCACGUCCCACCAUGCCCAACGUGAUCUACAUGUCAGGAUUUCAGUGCAAGCCCCCCAAGCCCCUCCCCAAAGAGCUGGAGGACUUUGUCCAAAGUUCCGGUCAACACGGCGUCAUCGUGAUGACCCUGGGCACUCUGGUCGCCGAACUUCCGGAGGACAUCACAGACAGCAUCGCUGCUGCUUUUGCCCGACUUCCUCAGAAGGUCGUCUGGAGACACCAGGGCAAACGUCCGUCCACACUCGGCAACAACACGCUGCUUUUGGAUUGGCUGCCUCAAAACGACCUGCUGGGUCACCCCAAGACCAAAGUGUUUGUGGCGCACGGAGGCACCAACGGACUACAAGAGGCCAUUUAUCACGGUGUCCCUCUGGUGGGCCUGCCUCUCAUGUUCGACCAGCACGACAACUGCUUCAGGAUGCAGGUGAGGGGCGUGGCCAAAGUGAUGGACAUCGCCACAGUGAACGAGGGCGACUUCCUGGCUGCGCUGAAGGCGGUGCUCUACGAACCGUCCUACCGCCAGAAUAUGACGAAGCUGUCGGCACUGCACAGGGACCAGCCCAUCAAGCCUCUGGACCGCGCCAUGUUCUGGAUCGAGUUUGUCAUGAGACACAAGGGAGCGGCACACCUACGCACAGAGUCAUACAAGAUGUCCACCAUCCAGUACUACUGCAUCGAUGUAAUGGCCUUCUUACUGGCACUCGUGCUAACAGUCGUAGCCGUUUGCGUUUCACUGCUAAAGUUCUUGUGGCGUAGGUUGCUUUCUAGAAGCAAACUGAAAAAACAAUAACACGUCAGGGACACUUUGUUGUAAUCUCAAAUUCCUGUGUUGUCAAAAACAUUUAAAAAAAAGACUUUCUUGGUUUAAGCUUUACUUUCAAAAUAAUUUGAGUUAGCUAUGUCUAAAAAGGAUGCACUGGUACUACUGCAGUAAUAACUUUUAGCUAAUGUUCUGUGAGGUUUAAGAUAGUUUUUUAUAAACUGCUGCACUGACUAGAAAUGUAAAAAAAGAGCACUUGCGUGUUUAAAUGUCACUGAGAGACAACAUGUCAAUAAUAAAGUAAUAACCUA